UCGUUCAAAAGAUAAUGAGCUUGAGUUUUCAAAUUUUUUUGUGGGGGUUUAUAAAAUAGCAGAGAAACAUGUUUUAGUUCAGAGGAACUUUUUGUCGAAGUUAUUAUAGUUUUUUUGGAUAACCCAUUAUAACAUAAAUACCAAAAAAAAACAGCAAUUGUUAAUAAUAGCAAUUAUAAUAACUUUGUCCAAAACAACUAUUGUUUACAAUGUCCACUUAGGGUUAAUGCUUUAGGGAAACCACAAUUACAAUGUUUUCUUAUUUUGAUUAGAUUUGCUUUACUACCUUCUUCGCAUUCAAUAUAACACUCUACUUUUAAUAAGAAUUGCAACUUCAAAUAAUCACCACUUCCAUUCCAAUAGCAUGUACUAUGAUUUCAACGUAAAAUAUAAUUACUCUUAUAACAUACACAAAAAAUUACCACACUCUAAUCCUUCUGAACCUAAAAUAUUACAAACUACAAUUAAAGCACCGAAUAUGUGAUCAAAUUGUUGUAAAAAGAAAAUUAACAUGAAGACCAUGUGAAGCCCCUACAGCAUAUCAAUUGAUAUGCCACGUCUCUUUAAUAUAGGAACAACUAUUAUUUUUUUUGGACAAACAACCAUUGUAAACAAGUAAAAUAUAUUUUAUCACAUGUGAUUCUUUUUCACCUGAAGUUUUCUAAAAGAUAAACAUCAUUAUCAUACACAUAUUUUGCAAAUGCACACUUAAAACGCAAACCACAAAAUCAUACAAAAAAUAAUAAUCUAAAUCAUGAGUAAAAUAUAUCCCGCCCGUAGGGCGGACCGGCCCUAGUAUUAUAUAUAGCAAGGAAGAUAGCUAGAAAGCAGCACUUCUUGCCCAGGCCAGGACCGCAGGACGCACAACAAGGAGAAAGUUAUGUUCUGCAUUUGUCUUCUUCUUUCUCUGCACUCCUAUCCACUCGUUUCUACCUCCCAAUCCUAGCAUAGAGUCGUAAGAUGCAGACAAAAACACAAAUAUUUAGCUAUAUAUGACCAAGUCUAACUUCAAAAGAGGCUCUAAACAAAAAGGGGAAUAUGAUUUAUAUGAUCAAACUCAGUCCUAGACGUUACGUCGAUUUGGAAACAAGUGCUUCAGAUGUUUCUUUGCAAAUGAUUUUUUAAGAGGUGUUUCCUUUGAUCUUGUAGGUUAAUUUCGACAAAUUUGCAACGUUUUUUCUUCCUUCUAGGAUAAAUUGUUGGACCUGGAUAAGACAAAGAAAGUUCGUUUUGCAACACGACAAGUUGAGUCUAAACUCUAAUGACAGUGUCCAUUUAAUGAAUUGUCUGAAAAAAUGUAGACGUAAUAGUCCGCAUAAAACACUAUUGAACGGCGAUUAAAUAGGAACAAAAUGUAUAGAUCAUGUGGGUGUAACACUAACACAUCGGUUUUUAUUAAAUUAUACACAUAUAUAGUUUUGUUAGUUGUGGAUAUCUGCAUAUAUAUAAAAGUCAACAGAUCUAUAAUAUUUUCCUUUUCAUAUCACACAGCAAACUUGUCCUACAUACUCAAAUAAACACAAGAACACACCUAACGAAAGGAACUCAACCUUUUCCCACAAUACCACCAUGUUUAGAGCCAUGAGCACCAGAAAAAUCCACGGCGGCUACGAAAAGCUCGUGGAAGAAGAACCGAUAUUGAAGAAGGGCACGAGCGUUCCGGCUAGUGUUUAUGGUAAUUCAAGAAACCCGGUUCAAGAUGCGAAGACGCCGACGUCAAAACCAACAGGUGGUUCUGUUCGUCCUUUGCUAAAUUUAUUCAAUGUUCGUUUUCAGAGGAAGAAGAAGAGUUUGGGGACGGCGAAACCAACGGGUGGUUCUGUUCAUCCUUUGCUAAGUUUAUUUCGUUUUCAGAGGAAAAAGAAGAAGACCAAGAAUAAGAAGAGUUUGGCUACGGCGAAACCAGAGUUUGCAAGGUAUGUGGAGUAUGUGAAGGAAGGAGGUGUGUGGGAUCCGAAUUCUAACGCACCUGUGAUUCAUUACAGAUAGAAUCAAUGAAGGAAGGAUGAAUAAAGACGUUCUAUAUUGUUUUAUAUAUAUGUAUGAGGGAAAAAACCAUUGUGAAGGAUCCAACAUGUAAAUCGGUUGUCAAGAACCCUCAUGAGUCCUAUAUUUUGUUUCUAAAGAUAUUUUCACUUUUUUGGGGAUCUCUACAAACCUUUGCUUUAUCAAGCUUUCUAUUUGUACCUUUGUUCAUUAUCUUAUAAUGAACAAUUCACAUUUUAUCAUAAAAAGAAAAGUAAAAAUAAAAAACAAAACCAUUUCUGUGCUCCGAUUCAAAAGAUGGAUCCCAACUAUGAACUUGUCAUUUUUACUAACUCAUGUAGGGGUGAAGAUCUAUUUUCUCCUUCGGAACUAUCAUAGAGCAGAGAUCAGUCCACACAGAGUUAAGAUAUCAUUUUUCAGAAAUCAGAUUGUAAACGAAUGUGAAAGUGUUGGUGGAAUCGAAAGAGAGUAUGAAUAGAAUGUGUAUUCUCGUUGUAACUGGUUGUGUAAUGUUGGUUGCUCUGAUGAAAGUUAUAGGUUAAUUCAUGUUUUUUUUGGUAAUCUUAAUUCAUGUUGAUUGCUCUCAUGUUGUCACAUGUGUGUUAUCUUUCAUGUUGUUGCUUUAUAUGUUGAAUGGCUUUGUUAUGUGGUAAUGAAAUGAUGUUGUGUUAUAAAGCCAAAAGAGAUCUUAGAUUAAAUAUAACCAACCUAUGUCUUAGUCUUAGAUGUUCAUACAUGAAAAUGAGAAAUUUGAACAAUAUAUUUUAAAUGUUCAAAGUAGAACAGAAUGACAUCCUCAAUA